AUGUGUGGAAUAUUAGCUGUUUUGGGCUGCUCCGAUGAUUCUCAGGCGAAGAGGGUUCGGGUUCUCGAGCUUUCUCGCAGAUUGAAGCAUCGUGGGCCUGACUGGAGUGGAAUAUAUCACGAUGGGGACUGUUAUUUGGCCCAUCAGAGGCUGGCCAUCGUCGAUCCGGCUUCCGGCGACCAGCCGCUCUUCAACGAGAACAAGAAGAUUAUAGUCACUGUAAAUGGAGAAAUCUACAAUCACGAAAAGCUUCGCGAGCUUCUACCGAAUCAUAAGUUCCGUACCGGAAGUGAUUGUGAUGUCAUCGCUCAUCUCUAUGAAGAAUUUGGAGAGGAUUUUAUCGAUAUGCUGGACGGGAUGUUUUCGUUCGUGCUGCUCGAUUCUCGUGAUAACAGCUUUAUAGCGGCUCGUGAUGCGAUCGGAAUAACUUCUCUGUAUAUCGGCUGGGGGCUCGACGGCUCUGUUUGGAUAUCGUCCGAGCUCAAAGGGCUUCACGAUGAGUGCGAGCAUUUCGAGGUUUUCCCGCCCGGGCACAUAUACUCGAGCAAAAACGGAGGUUUUAAAAGGUGGUAUAAUCCUCCGUGGUUCUCCGAGACUAUUCCUUCGACUCCUUAUGAUCCGCUAGUCCUCAGGCGUGCUUUCGAACAAGCUGUUGUGAAGAGGCUAAUGACUGAUGUACCCUUCGGAGUUCUUCUCUCGGGAGGGCUCGACUCGUCGUUAGUCGCCUCUGUUACGGCUCGUUAUUUGUCGGGCACGAAAGCAGCUAAACGAUGGGGUUCUCAACUUCAUUCUUUCUGUGUGGGCCUUGAGGGAUCACCCGAUCUGAAAGCUGCAAGAGAAGUUGCUGAAUAUUUGGGCACGGUUCAUCACGAGUUUCACUUCACUGUCCAGGAUGGAAUUGAUGCAAUCGAGGAUGUUAUUUACCAUAUCGAGACAUAUGACGUAACUACGAUCCGAGCAAGCACCCCAAUGUUCCUCAUGUCGCGUAAGAUCAAAUCGCUCGGGGUCAAAAUGGUAAUCUCCGGCGAGGGCUCGGAUGAGAUUUUUGGUGGUUACUUGUACUUCCAUAAGGCCCCGAACAAGGAAGAGUUUCAUCGUGAAACUUGUCGCAAGAUAAAAGCACUUCACCAAUAUGAUUGUUUGAGGGCAAAUAAGGCAACUUCCGCAUGGGGUCUCGAAGCUCGAGUCCCGUUUUUGGACAAGGAGUUCAUGAAUGUGGCUAUGAGCAUUGAUCCUGAGUGGAAAAUGAUAAAACCCGACCAGGGGCGAAUAGAGAAGUGGAUCCUUAGGAGGGCAUUCGACGAUGAGGAACAUCCGUAUCUCCCGAAGCAUAUUUUGUAUAGACAGAAGGAACAAUUCAGUGAUGGCGUCGGUUAUAGUUGGAUCGAUGGCCUUAAAGCUCAUGCGGCCGAGCAUGUCACGGACAAGAUGAUGCUUAAUGCUUCGCAUAUCUUCCCGCAUAACACUCCGAGCACUAAGGAGGCCUACUAUUACCGGAUGAUAUUCGAGAGAUUCUUCCCACAGAACUCGGCCAAGCUCACGGUUCCUGGUGGGCCUAGCGUGGCUUGCAGCACUGCAACUGCCGUGGCAUGGGAUGAAUCGUGGUCGAAAAACUUGGACCCUUCGGGCCGGGCCGCCUUAGGCGUGCACGACUCGGCCUACGAGAACAAUCCACCGAGCAUUGACUUGGCCGCAUCCAAUGUAGUUGGGCCCAUCCCUCUAAACAACGGGCCGAGUCCACUGGAGCUCACUAUCCAAAGCUAG